GAUAUAUGUACCUAAAUAAAGUAUAUAAUAAUAUUAUUUAGUACAUAAUUACUAAUUAUAAAUUAUAAUGAUAACAUAAUAUAUAAUAUGUACCUAUACUACCUAUGUGUCUAUGCCCUAUAAAUUAUAAUUUAUACGUAAACAAGUAACAACUCAGAAACCAGUCAGUAAUUCCCACUGUCAGUUCAUGUCAGUCAGUUUAACUUUGGCAGCACCUUUCAAUCUUUGUCUUUUGUGAGAUUAUUCAACAAUCAACAAUUAGCUUAGUAACUUCUGUUUAAAUAUACCCAUCAAAUAUCAAUCUAUUGGACUCCUUCAAACCUUUAUACUUGUGAGCGGGUAUUUGAUAUCCAGAUAUUUCAUUAUUACGAUAAUAGACAAGAGUAGAAGAGUACAUUGAAUUUAGGUCAUCACUCAUAAUUUAUCACCAUGUCAAGACCUAAAGUGUUAGUUGCAAUGAAACUCGUUCCAGAAAUCGCAAUUGAUUUACUACGUAAAAGAUUUGAUGUUGAAGUAUGUGAUUCCAUACUAGUCACUCAAGCAGAACUAAUGAAAAAAGUACCUGGAAAAUUUGCUAUAUUUUGUAGUCCAGCGAACAAAAUUGAUGAGGAAUUAAUUAAAACUGCAGGCCCCAGUCUAAAGGUUGUUGGAACCAUGUCUGUGGGAUAUGAUCAUGUUGACUUGAGUGCAAUGAAAAAAUAUGGCAUACGUUUGGGAUAUACGCCAGAUGUUUUAACCGAAACAGUAGCAGAAACAACAGUUGGAUUAUUGAUAGCGACAACAAGACGGUUUUUUGAAGCAAAUCAUGCAGUGAAAACAGGUGGAUGGAAAGAUGUGACACCUGUUUGGAUGUGUGGUAGAGGUAUUAGAAACUCUGUUGUUGGUAUUGUUGGAUGUGGCAACAUUGGGACAUCAAUUGCAAAGAAGCUGAAGGCAUUUGAAAUUUCUCAAUUGCUUUACACUAGUAGAAGUGAAAAACCUGCUGUCAAUGCUCUCGGUGGAAAAUUGGUUACAAUCAAUGAGCUUGUUGAACAAAGUGACUUCAUAAUCCUUUCCAUUGCACUGAAUGAGGACACAAAGUUUAUCAUCAACAAAGAACGCAUUGCCAAAAUGAAGUCACACGCUGUAUUGGUGAACAUUGGUCGUGGAGGACUUAUUGACCAAGAUGCACUCAUUGAAGCAUUACAAGAAAAUAGAAUUGGAGGUGCUGGCCUUGACGUUAUGACACCAGAACCAUUACCACUUGAUAGCCCUUUGAUGAAGAUGGACAAUGUCGUGUUGUUGCCACACAUUGGGAGUGCUUCUAUUGAAACAAGAACAGAAAUGGCUAUUCUCACUGCCAAAAAUAUAAUUGCUGCUUUAGAUAAUGCCGCAAUGCCAAAAGAAGUUCAGUUUUAGCUUAAUUUUUAAUUAUUAUACGCUUGUCAAAAUUGUAUUAAAAAUAAUAUAAUUUGUGGAUGUUAUAAAGUAUACAUUUAUAUUUAUUAUUGCAUUUAUUGAUAUAAAAUUGUUGAUUAUAAUAUUUUCUUUAAUAUUUCAAAUGUCUUUCAUUGUAAGAAUCAUUAUUUUUGUUAUUUUAUUAGGUAACUAAUAUUAUGUGAACUCAAAAUGAUCAAUAAAUAUAUUUUUCUUGUGUACAA